AAUAUUAUUAGUUGACUGGAAUGUUUAUUUCUUCUUUCCUCUAUAUAACUAAUUUGUUCAUCAUUCAAUUGAUCUCAUCCGAUCCAUACACUUUAGUUUUUCUUUUCAGACAAUUAAUUGAAUCUAUGGCAUCUUCUUUUGCAAGUGAUUCACAAUACUGUCCUCGAUGGAAGUACGAUGUCUUUCUAAGUUUUAGAAGUGUGCUGACACCCUGAGAACAUUUACGAGUCACUUGUAUGAAGGUUUGAAAAACAGGGGAACAUUCACCUUUCGAGAUGAUAAAAGGCUAGAGAAUAGCGAUUCCAUCUCAGAAGAACUCUUGAAAGCUAUUGAAGAGUCUCAAGUUGCACUCAUCAUUUUCUCAAAGAAUUAUGCUACAUCGAGGUGGUGCUUGAAUGAAUUAGUGAAGAUCAUGGAAUGCAAGGAAGUGAAAGGACAAAUAGUAAUACCGAUCUUUUAUGAUGUGGAUCCAUCACAUGUUCGAAAUCAAUGUGAGAGCCUUGCAGAAGCAUUUGACAAACACGAAUGGAGGUAUAAGGAUGAUGUUGAGGGGAUGCAUAAGGUGAAAGGAUGGAAGAAUGCUCUAACUGCUGCUGCAAAUCUAGUAGGAUAUGAUAUCCGCAACCGAAUUGAAUCGGACUCUAUUCAGGAAAUUGUUGACCAAAUUUCCAUAUUAUGCAAGGGUUCUUUAUCUCAAAAGAGAGUUGACCAACCUUGCAGUGAUUCUGAAUGAUAAUAUCCAAGGGACCUGGUACCAGUGUCGUGGAUGAAAAAGAGGUUGAGUCGUUGAGAGCUGAGAACAAGCAACUGCUGAAGACAAAUGCCUCACUCGGUGAGGAAGUCAAAGCUCUCAACAAGCAAAUCAUUCAAGCUCAUGUUGAUGCAAAUGAGCGAAUGUCUUUGCUGAUGCAAACUCUUAUUACCCCUCCCCCUCCGUCCUAAACGAGUCCUGUCUUAUUGUCCUCCUCAUCUCUGUGUCAAAAACUCGAGUGGCUUUGUGUACCGUCUUGGCUAACCCCUGUGGUCAGCUUUUGUGAUCUAAUGUUAUUUCUUAUUGUGCAUUAUUAAGUAUGCUUUGAUAUUCUCUUUUAUGCUUACCUGUACAAGUUCUGUGUGGCCCGUGGCCCUGAAUUCUUCAAUGCUUUGCAUAUAACUCGCAUAUGUUUACUAACAUUCCUUUUCAAUGUGUCAAAAAGGGGAAUUAAGGUGAACUGUUGUGUGAAAUUAGAAGGGAACUGAACUAAGGGGGAAGAACAAUGAUAGGGGGAACUGCGAUAGGGGGAAUAAAUGUAAUUUUUGAAUGAAUGUUUAACACUCAUGCGAGGCUACUUGUAGGUUGUUUGUCAUCAUCAAAAAGGGGGGAAAUGAUAAGUCUUAAUGCUCCCAGAUGUUUUGAUGAUUUACUCACAAGUGUAGGGACCCGAUCCUCUGCAGAGUAUGCUCGUCCAGGAUCAUAUGCUGUACAGAUGGAAAGCUGCCCGCGUCAGAAGUUGGUAAAGCCGUCAGAGUACUACACCAAUCAAAAGGGAUGAGGUUGUUUGUCCAAUAUGUAUUAACUCUUGAUGUUGAUGUAUUCAAGUUAACAAACAACAAAUUACUCAUUCAUUCAAAGAGAGAUAUUCAAGGUCCCUUGGAGAUUAUCAUCAAGGGACCUGGUACCAGUACCUUUUUCAUCCACCACACUGGUACCAGGUCCCUGGUAUUAACUCUUGAUCCAAUAUGUAUUAACUCUUGAUGUUGAUGUAUUCAAGUUAACAAACAACAAAUUACUCAUUCAUUCAAAGAGAGAUAUUCAAGGUCCCUUGGAGAUUAUCAUCAAGGGACCUGGUACCAGUACCUUUUUCAUCCACCACACUGGUACCAGGUCCCUGGUAUUAACUCUUGAUCCAAUAUGUAUUAACUCUUGAUGUUGAUGUAUUCAAGUUAACAAACAACAAAUUACUCAUUCAUUCAAAGAGAGAUAUUCAAGGUCCCUUGGAGAUUAUCAUCAAGGGACCUGGUACCAGUACCUUUUUCAUCCACCACACUGGUACCAGGUCCCUGGUAUUAACUCUUGAUCCAAUAUGUAUUAACUCUUGAUGUUGAUGUAUUCAAGUUAACAAACAACAAAUUACUCAUUCAUUCAAAGAGAGAUAUUCAAGGUCCCUUGGAGAUUAUCAUCAAGGGACCUGGUACCAGUACCUUUUUCAUCCACCACACUGGUACCAGGUCCCUGGUAUUAACUCUUGAUCCAAUAUGUAUUAACUCUUGAUGUUGAUGUAUUCAAGUUAACAAACAACAAAUUACUCAUUCA